AUGCCUUCUUCACUCAAAGUUCCGGAAUCCGGCCUCAUUCUUGAGAGCUCGGCCGCCUCGGGAAAUCCUGUACCACCACAGGCUUUCUGCAUCAACCUUUCUGAUCAUGUACUCGAGGACAUGAUCAAGUGUGUACAGGGUGGUGAGGACCUCCAACUGUCCUUGGGGAGCAGCCCGACAUUGCUCUACGGCUCCAAUUCCCACACCCUCUCUCCGAUCUCCGCGACAUUCUCACACGACCUCUUCCUCACGAAACCAUUCGAAUCCACGAAACGAGCCACACGACUACCACAAACCUCAUCACUAUGGAAGAAGCUGCCCGGCUCCGAGGCUCCCAAGAAGGGCGAGCAAGCCAAGGCAAAGGGUGCACCUUCAACCUCGUCGUCCGGUAUGGACUCAGAUAUAGAGAAUCUGCAGAACUCCAUCGCAGCGGCGACGGCAUCGAAGAAGCAAUCAAAGGUCAUGGAUAGGCCGCUGCCGGGCACCAACAAGAAGCCCACGGGAAAGACGGCCAAGUCCAAGUUGCUGUCGAGCAUGGCGUCAUAUGGCAAUGGUGGCGGCAAGUCAUCGCCCUCAGGGUCGCCGGCUCUGGUAGCCGUCAGCUCACCGUCGAUAAAUCCUGUCUACGCUUCUUCGCAACAGAUCGUCGAGAAGUCCAAGGAGCAAAGAUCUAUGAUUGUACACGAACUAGCGGUGCAGGAGCGGCCGGCCGACUACCUGGAGAGCCUAUGGGAAGGCAAAGACGAAGAUUUCAAGCCUGCCCUGGAGAAGGUGGCCCAGUUCGAGUCAGAUGCGCAAAUGUGGGCACUGAGGAAGAACUACUGGAGAGAGUUGGACGUGUGGAAGUACGAAUAUGAUACCCAAGAUACCCGACAGAAAGCGAUCGACAACGCAAUCCGUCAAUUCGACAAGAUGCGGCUGGCAACAACGGAAACCGAGUGGCAGAAGCUUUUGCCGCGGGAAGAGCGAGGAAAGGGCAAGAUCCUCAGCAAGCUGCAGGCAAAUAUUGCCAAGGCCUCCGCCGCACCACCUCCCAAGAUCAAG